UAUCAAAAUUACAUCUUGUUUUUCAACAGGAGACAACACAAAUUCAAACACUUCUUUAAAUACAUAUUUUACAUAUUACAGAAUUAAAUACACUGUGAAAAACUUGGAGAAGGGACGUGAGAAUGGGAACGCGUCUGGUGUUUACGGAUAAGGAUCAUAAUGCCUACGAUCCUAAAAAGUACAAGGUGGUUCAUAAGAAUCAUUGGCGUCAGGUGAGCCUUCGAUUGGCGCCCACGCAGAAGAAAUGGUGGGAGGAUCCGGAUGUUAUUGUUGCCUUCAAUUUGCCGCGCAUCAGCGCUCGCCUGGAGCGUUUAAUGGGCACCAACGUGGUCAAGCUGACGGACCGUGCCUACAUGAAGGAGUUGCGUGAACGCAUCGAUGAGGAUUACCGCAAGCAGCUGCUGGCCCGCAUCAAGGCUCGCGAGCUCAAAGAGGUGGAGCGUGAACGCAUGCUAAUUAUUGAGGGCAAAUCGGACAUAAUACCCGAGGAACUGGCCGACGAUCCCAUCUUCAUGGUCAACAAAGAUGCCAACACAGAGAUACUCAAAGAGCGCUCCAAGCUGAAAACGAGUCGAGAGAAGAACGCCGAACGUCUGAAGGUCCAGGGCGUUAAAUGGGAGCGCGAAAGAUUGCAACACGCCGCCAAGGAGGCCGAGAUGCUGGCCAAGAAACACGAGCGUCAACGCCAACAAAAGCUCCUCGUCGAACAAUAUAGAAUCGAGGACGCCGAACGGGGCAUGGACCUGCUGCGCAUUCACAAUGAAGACUGGCGUGAAUGCGAGCAGAAUCUAAAGGAGUUCCUGGAGAACGAACGCGCCAAAAUGAAGGAGCGUUCGCUGCGGGUGCCCAAACCGUUCUCCUCGGAUCCACAGGACAUUCUCAACAUAGUCCGUGCACGACAAAAGUUCCGGGAGACCGAGCUGCGCAUACGCCACCAAUUGGAGGAUGAUAAAAAGGUUGUAGUGCCAGUUACAACAACUGUGGAUAACUUCGUAAUGGACGAUGUUGGACCCGGUAGCAUUGAGAUGCCUAGGGAACCAUCGUUGGAUGGCGAUUAUCCGGGAGCAAUACAAACCAAAUACAUGGAUGAUGCCUCCGAUGUGUCCGAGGAGUCCGUGAAGAGCGCUAGUCUCAUAAGUCUGUCCGUAGCGAAGCAGGAAUAUGCUGAUGUGCUGCAGGCCGAGAUGGAGGAUGAGUAUAAUCGAGGAUUGCUGAUAUCGAAGUUCCAAUACGAUCAAUUGCGCUUCGAGGAUGAGAAAAUUGUAGCACUACGCAAUGCCAAGAAUAUACUCGAGCUUUAUCAACUGGCCGAACAGAUUAUUAUGGGUGAUGCGAUCGAUGACGAGCCAGAGGAGGUCGGUGAAGAGGCUGAGCCAGAGGGUCUACAAAAUAUUGUUAGUGAAGCCGACGACGAGGAGGCUUAAAAACUAGUUCAUUAAUCGUUUCAUUGUUUUCGUUUUAAAUUCAUUUCAAACACAUCUUUAAACGGGUUCGCAAAACUUUUGGCAUUUACACAUUCAUAUUUUUGACAAUCACUCAAAAUUCUCCACAAAAUUUCAAAACGAAAUUCCGUUGUAGAUUCGUGGGAAGGGGAAAAUUAGAUUUUGAUUAGAUGGCGCCGUCAUUAUGAAAUCUCAGUAGCGCAAUCAGUGCGAUUUACCUAUCGAUAUGUGUCAGUGAUGUUUAAUUAAGCUGUAACCCGUUAAAGAUAAUAAAACCCACAUAUGAAACUUGA